AUGUUACAAACACUUUCAACUGAGUUAAACAAUAUGCAAACCAAAAGCAAAUAAUAAAAUCAGAGAAUCGAAAAUUUAGAUAAUAGUUUUUAAGAAACCUAUCAACUAUCAAAUAAUUUGAAUAAUUCACCUUCAAUUAAGCAUAAUAUGCUAUAGUGGGUUAGACCAGAAGUUUUCAAUUAUAUAUUAAUAUUUUUAGAUAUUAAAUAAAUUUUACAAUUCAGAUUGUUAAGCAUUAAGGCAAAUGAAACUGUAAAAUUAAUGCUUCCAAUAUAAAUACAUAAUUUUUAAAAAUUGAUAGCCGAAUAACAAGAUGAAAUAUAAUCCAAGAUCCAAAAUGUAUAAGAAGCAAGCAUCGAUCAAAAUUAACAACAAGGUUUGAAAGCAGCCUUAAAUGGAAUAUCAGGAAUACCUAGAAUUCAUUUUGUUGAGCUGAAAAGUUAUGUUAAACCGCCUGAAAUAAUUGAGUAGAUUAUAACUCUAGUAUUUUUGGCAAUAGAUCCAACUUUUAGGACAUAAAAAGAUAAUUGGAAGGAAUGCAAAAGUGCCUAAGUUAAUCAAAUUUAAAAGAAUAAAUUAUAAUUUAGAUUUUGUAGAUUAAGGGAAAAACACUUAUAAUAACUAGAAUAGGUGAAUAGUAAAACAGAAGAAUAAGUAGCUUCGAAGUCUGUAGUUGCUAGUGCUCUACUCAUUUUUUUGAAAGCCGUAGUUUAAUUAAGCUAGUAAAAUCUGUACAGAACAUAUAUUGAGAUAGAAGAAUUACAGAAAAAAAUAAAGAAAGAGCAAAAAUUAAUUGAAAGCUUAGGAAAGAUAAAUAAUAAAUGA